AUGGCGAAUGAUCGGAGUGGAAUCUGUUAUAAAGAUAUUAUUUCAGGAUCGAUGGCAGAGCGAACAAAACUGGAGGCGUAUUUGGUUUUCUCUAUGGUGAACACCAUUUUUUUAUUCUCUUUCCCCGCUCACUGGAUGUGGGCCUCUAACGGCUGGCUAAGGAACAUGGGCGCGGUCGACAUUGCAGGGGCGGGGCCUGUUCACAUUGUGGGCGGGAUCACCGGUCUCGUGGCGACACUGAUGUUGAAGCCGCGUCACAACAGAUUCACUACUCCUGAAAAGGUGACUUUGAUGGGAUCCCCGACAAACGCCAUCCUUGGGAUGUUCAUGCUUUGGUGGGGAUGGCUCGGGUUCAACUGCGGCAGUACGUUUGGUAUAUCAGGUGUCAAAUGGAUGUUGGCGGCGAGAUCGGCUGUUUCGACCAUUACUGCAUCUGUAGCAGGAGGGACCGUCGGGUUAAUAAUGAGCUACGUUAUGAAACAGCGUCGAUUCGACAUAUCUUACCUGAUCAACGGUGUGCUUGGUUCCCUGGUGGGUAUAACCGCCAACUGUGCCAUGGCCGAGCCCUGGGAAGGACUAGUGAUCGGAUUUAUAGGGGCACUAAUUACCAACCUCACUGUGGAGCUCUUCACUAAACUCGGGAUAGACGAUCCUGUCGGAUGUGUAGGUACGCACGCAUGCGCAGGAGUGUGGAGUCUCAUGUCCGUUGGUCUCGUUACGAAGUCGGAUAACUUAACGGACGCCAUGCAGAUAGAAAACGUUGGUCAGGGAUUGUUCCAUGGAGGUGGAUUUCAUCAGCUUGGGAUACAGGCCCUAGCCGCUUUAACCAUCAUCGUCUGGACAUUGAUAAACGCGUUCUUUUGGUUAAAGUUGAUUGAUUUGACCAUUGGUAUCCGCGUGCCCCUGGAGGAGGAGAUACUUGGGGCUGACAUAGUGGAGCAUGCAGUAGGAGGCGUCAUCUACAGCAAGAAAGAGAGGAGAGUUCUAUACUCUCCAGGCGUCGACUCGGACCUGCCCCUUACAGAAAAUGUUCAGGACAUGAGUACCGAGAGACAAAUGAGCCGACAUCAUAGCCUCGGUCUCCGUGUUGGUCUAUGGCGGAGUAGAUACGAAUGCGCUAGUGAUCUCAAGAAAAAGAAGAUAAAAACACGUGUUAGUUUCCCGAAAUUAUUUCAGCGCUUGGAACGUGAUGUAAAUCAGAAUGGAAAUAUUUCUGGAGAUACAAGUUCUACUGAUAUUUACAGUGUGGAUGGUAAUGUUUGUUUUAGGAUGAAAAACGCUUUACAGUCGUACUCAAAUAAUGGUGGUGAGGGAAUGUUUACGAAUCCUGUGUUUACACCUGAUAACAAAACGGAACUGGACCUUGAUAAGGGGGGUAACUCUGAAUGUAACAGUUUAAUAGCACCACAUAAAGUUAUGACAUAUUUAUAG